AUGGAGGGCCAAGGUGGCAGUGGCAGCGGGAGGCCAGGAACCCGGGCUGGCCUGGGCCCUCUGCCCGUACCCCAUGGAGUUUCCCAAACCGGGACACCCUCCAAGGUGGACUCACGUUGUCAGCUUCCAGUCAAGACGAAUGCAGCCCCCAUACUGUCAGGACCAAGGCUGGCUCAGACAUCUAUAAGGACACAAGCAGUAAAGCCAUCUUCCUCUGAGGGACCAAGGCUGACUCUGGUGUCUCCCCGACCCAUCCUGGCUCCACUGUCAACUCCUGGGGCACAGAAAACAUCUCCUGCCCAUCGGAGCUCCAGCUUGGCUCCAACAUCUGUGGGUCAGCUGGUGAUGUCCACCUCAGCUGGGCCAAAGCCUUGCGCAGAGACCUCGGGCUCAGCCUUGGCCCCGACCCCCCUGGGCCAGCUGGUGAUGUCCGCCUCGGCCGGGCCCCGCUCACCUCCAGCCAUCCUGGGGUCCAGUCUGGCUGCAACUUCAGGGGAUCAGAAGCAGAUGCUACCUGCCCCCAUGGAACCCAAGCCAGCACUGGCACCCUCACACCUGAGCCUGGCCUUGGCUUCUGAGGAGCAGCUGUCUCCACCCAGCUCUAGCCCCUCCCCAGCACCUAGUCCAAUUCUAUCACCCUCUCAGGAACAGGCCUCAGUGCCAACAUCCAUGACAUUAGUCCCUGCCUCCACAGGAUGCACACCUGCUAGGGAAAGGGAUGCCCCAGCCCCUAGAUCUCUGCCCACUUCUGAAGGGCAUCUUCCAGCAACUCAGGCAUCUGUUCCUAGGUGCUCCCCAUCCUCAACUCAAGCUCCCCCAGACCCCCGGCUCUCCCCCUCCUUCCGAGCCCGGCCAGAAGCCCCCCGCAACAGCCCCGAGGAUCCUAUCUUGCCGAGGCCACCCCAGACCCUGCCCCUGGAUGUAGGUCACUGUCCGCCAGAUCCUGGCACCCGCUCUCCUGGACUGCUGUCCCCUACUUUCCGACCAGGAGGCACCUCAGCUCAGACUGUACCCCCAGCUCUGCCCAAACCACCACGGUCUCCCAGUCGCUCCCCUAGUCGCACUCCUUGUGCCCCCCUCACUCCUGAGAUGGCCAUCCCCAGGCCUGGCACCCAGGGUGCAGGGCAAGGGGGUCGCCUGAGCCCCUGCCUUCAGCCUCAAGAAGCCCCGGCCCGGGUCACCACCUCCCCUACCACGUCCACCUCAUCGUCAUCCUCUUGGUCAGCCCAGCCUACCUGCAAGAGCGACCCCGGCUUCCGGAUCACUGUGGUCACGUGGAACGUGGGCACUGCCAUGCCCCCUGAUGAUGUCACGUCCCUCCUCCACCUGGGUGGUGGUGAUGACAGCGACGGUGCUGACAUGAUCGCCAUCGGGUUACAGGAAGUGAACUCCAUGAUCAACAAGAGGCUGAAGGACGCGCUUUUCACGGACCAGUGGAGCGAGCUUUUUAUGGACGCGCUGGGGCCCUUCAACUUUGUACUGGUGAGCACUGUGAGGAUGCAGGGCGUCAUCCUGCUGCUGUUCUCCAAGUACUACCACCUGCCCUUCCUGCGGGACGUGCAGACUGACUGCACGCGCACCGGGCUGGGCGGCUACUGGGGCAACAAGGGCGGAGUGAGCGUGCGCCUAGCAGUCUUUGGGCACAUGCUCUGCUUCCUCAACUGCCACCUGCCAGCACAUAUGGACAAGGCGGAGCAGCGCAAGGACAACUUUCAGACUAUCCUUAACCUCCAGCAGUUCCAGGGGCCCGGCGCUCACGGAAUUCUGGACCAUGACCUUGUCUUCUGGUUCGGGGACCUGAAUUUCCGCAUUGAGAGUUACGAUCUGCACUUUGUCAAGUUGGCUAUUGACAGCAACCGACUUCACCAGCUCUGGGGAAAGGACCAGCUCAACAUGGCCAAGAACACCUGGCCCAUCCUGAAAGGCUUCCAGGAGGGACCCCUUAACUUUGCUCCCACCUUCAAGUUUGAUGUGGGUACCAACAAAUAUGAUACAAGUGCCAAGAAGCGAAAACCAGCCUGGACAGACCGCAUCCUGUGGAAGGUCAAGGCUCCAGGUGGAGGUCCCAGCCCCUCAGGACGGGAAAGCCAUCGGCUGCAGGUGACCCAGCACAGCUACCGAAGCCACAUGGAGUACACGGUCAGCGACCACAAGCCUGUGGCUGCCCAGUUUGUACUGCAGUUUGCCUUCAGGGAUGACGAGCCCCUGGUGCGCCUGGAGGUGGCAGAUGAGUGGGUGCGGCCGGAGCAGGCUGUGGUCAGGUACCGCAUGGAAACCGUGUUCGCACGAAGUUCCUGGGACUGGAUCGGCUUGUACCGGGUGGGUUUCCGCCACUGCAAGGAUUACGUGGCUUAUGUGUGGGCCAAGCACGAGGACGUGGACGGGCACGUCUACCAGGUGACAUUCAGUGAGGAGUCGCUGCCGAAGGGCCAUGGAGACUUCAUCCUGGGCUAUUACAGCCACAAUCACAACAUCCUCAUUGGUGUCACUGAACCCUUCCAGAUUUCACUACCCAGCUCGGAGGCAGCCAGCAGUAGCACAGACACUUCGGGGGCCAGCUCGGAGGAUGAGGAUGACAGCACCUUAGAACUCCUCGCCCCCAAGUCCCGCAGCCCCAGCCCUGGCAAGUCCAAGCGACAUCGCAGCCGCAGCCCCGGCCUGGCUCGCUUCCCGGGCCUCGCCCUGAGGCCUUCCUCUCGAGAGCGCCGCGGUGCCAGCCGGAGCCCCUCUCCUCAGAGCCGACGGCUGUCCCGGGUGGCUCCGGACAGAAGCAGCGACAGCAGCAGCUGGGGCAGCAGUGAGGAGGGGUCCUCCAGGCUGCCCGGCCCCUGGGCCUUCCCACCAGCUGUGCCUCGAAGCCUGGGCCUGCUGCCCGCCUUGCGCCUGGAGAGUGUGGACCCUGGUGGUGGUGGUGGCUCUUGGGGACCUGAUCUAGAGGCCCCAGCUCCCAACAGCCUGUCUCCCAGGCAUGAGGAAGGUGGAUUGGGACCCUGA